CCUGAGCGAACCAAACACACACACACAUUAGACAAGAACCAGAGAUUGCUUUCUCAUUCUCUCUCCUCAAUUGCGAUCGGGUUUCAGAAUUUUGUCACUCACUUUUAUUCUUUUUGACUUUUUUUUUUUUCUCUCUGAUGAUAUUCUCCGUUAUCUGCUUCUUCGCCCUCACGAGAAGACUAUUUUCGGAUUGAUUAUAUUUGUAUUCGGGAUUUAUCACGUGUUUUUCGGGUGCUGAUGAUGUUACGAAGCUGGCUCGUAGUUGUUUUCAAGGACAUAUAGUUCUUUGAUGUUGUUCUUUAGGUAUUUAUAAGAAACAUUCGAGUGGAAGAAUAAUUUUGUUUAGGGAUUUUCGUCAUUGAAUGUUGGAAUCUUGUCGUGUAAGUGAUGAUCAAACAUAUACUUAAUAGGAUCCCGUCACGGAAGGGACAUAAGUCAUCCGAUAAUCGAGAUAAUCGAGAUGGAGGGAACGCGAAUUCAGCUUCGAGUACGUCAACAAGUUCUCGACACAGCAAUGAUGCAGCACUUAAUCGGUCUAAUAGCGCACAUCCUGCAUCCGGUCAUGGUCAAAGUCUUAACCCUUCGUCGAAAAGUGGCGGGAAUAAGGUUGAUAACGCGUUGAUAUCAAAACUGAAUGGUAAUCAGGUCGUUUCGACCACGUACGAGGCUUUGCCUAGCCUUAAAGACGUGCCGAAUUCCGAAAAACAGAACUUGUUUAUCCGGAAGUUAAACAUGUGUUGUGUCGUGUUUGAUUUUACGGACCCGACAAAGAAUUUGAAAGAAAAAGAGAUCAAACGACAGACUUUGGCUGAGCUUGUUGAUUACGUGUCGUCUGCGAACGGGAAGUUUUCGGAAACUGUUAUGCAAGAGAUAGUUAAGAUGGUGUCGGCAAACAUAUUUAGAAGGCUCACACCGCAACCUCGCGAUAACAAGAUGUUAGAAACUUUUGACGGUGAAGAAGAAGAGCCUUCGAUGGAUCCCGCAUGGCCUCAUUUGCAGUUAGUUUACGAGUUUUUUCUGCGAUUCGUAGCGUCACCGGAGACAGAUGCGAAGCUCGCUAAACGGUACAUCGACCACGGUUUUAUCUUACGCUGGUUAGAUUUGUUCGACUCCGAAGAUCCGAGAGAACGCGAGUAUCUGAAAUUCGUACUUCAUCGUAUGUACGGAAAGUUUAUGGUGCACAGACCGUUUAUCCGGAAAGCAAUCAACAACAUAUUCUUUCGGUUCAUUUUCGAAACGGAAAAACAUAACGGAAUUGCGGAGCUGUUAGAAAUUUUAGGCAGCAUUAUUAACGGUUUCGCUUUGCCGUUAAAGGAAGAACACAAGCUGUUUCUCGUUAGGGCGUUAAUACCACUUCACAAGCCGAAAUGCAUACCGAUGUACCACCAGCAGUUGUCUUACUGCAUCACUCAGUUUGUUGAAAAGGACUGUAAACUUGCUGAUACUGUUAUUAGAGGUUUGUUAAAGUAUUGGCCGAUCACAAACAGUUCUAAAGAGGUUAUGUUCUUGAGCGAGCUUGAGGAAGUUCUAGAAGCGACGCAGCCUCCGGAGUUUCAACGAUGUAUGGUUCCGUUGUUUCGACAGAUUUCGAACUGCUUGAGCAGUUCACACUUCCAGGUGGCUGAAAGAGCAUUGUUCCUGUGGAACAAUGAUCAUAUCGAGAACCUAAUAAAACAAAACCGCAAAGUGAUCCUGCCGAUCAUAUUCCCCGCUCUAGAGAGAAACGCAAAAAGCCACUGGAAUCAAGCGGUCAGAAGUUUGACUUUAAACGUUAAAAAAAUCUUCUCAGACGCUGACCCUGAACUCUUUGAGGAAUGCUUGUUAAAGUAUCAAGAAGACGAAUCUAAAAAAGAAGAAAUGAAGUCUAAACGUGAAGCGAUAUGGAAACGUCUAGAAGAAGUUGCUGAAAAGAGAUCUGGUUCCGGUGCCACCUGUCAACCCAUGCUGUUUCCUACAAAUAAGGUGACCUAACCACUGGCUAAAUUAAAACCGUAUUGAAAAAAAAUGAAAACUCAUUUUAUUGGGUUUUUAAAUGUUUGAUUUGAAUGGCAAGAAUGUGUAUAUGCAUAUCUUAUAUCUAUAUAUAAUAGAUAUAUAUUGGAAUGGGUUGCCUCUAGAGAUUGAAUCUGGCCAUUUUGUUGCAAGUUUCAAAAGGGUGACUGGAAAAAGCUUUAAUUUUUUCAGGCAUUUGGUUACUUUUGUUUUUUAAUAUAUAUUUUUCUGAAUUUAUACUAUUAUUAUUGUACUCCUUUAUUUCUCACUUUUAAUGUUGUAUCAUAUUACUUUGUGGUUUUGAUCUGGUUGACUUAAUUGCUACCCUUUUGUUA